AUGGCGGAAUCCGAGUACAGCGACGAUGAGACAGAAUAUGGCAGCCCUUCGCACUCACAGGCCGUCAUCAUGGACGCGCUCCUGACGCCAUUCCGCGCCCUGGUAUCCAAGACCGCACUCCGCAUUUACCUCAACAUAAUCCUAUUUUCUGGAGCUACAUUGCUGCUCUUGGGCAUUUCUGGGAUCGCAUACGCAAUCUUCUACUUCAGAUUCAUCCCUACGGUCGGGGUUGGCCGCGAAAUCCACUUGCAGUUUGGCGAUCUCAACCCCUGGGGAAUAGCGACCUUUGAUUCCGAGUUUGUCUCUUCCCAGCCCUACGAUGUCGCCGUGGCACUCGACCUACCCCGCACACCUACGAAUCUUGACGUAGGCAACUUCAUGAUCGACCUCACUCUCUACUCUCCCGAGACCGCAUCCGUGCUUCCAACGACGGCAAACUCACAGAAUAAGAUCUCUCACUCGCGCCGACCGGCUAUUCUCACAUACACAUCACCUCUUGUGGAUUUUGCGCGGAAACUGGUUCGCCUGCCGCUGUAUGUGGUGGGUUGGCGCCGUGAAGCUGAGACCCUCGAGGUGUCGAUGAUGGAGAAGGUCGAGUUUGCGCGAGGCAGCCGGAACCGACCGCAAAGCUUACGGCUUGAAAUUCAGAGCGAGAAGAAGAUGCAGGUCUACUCGGCACGUGUUGAGUUCCGUGCCAGGUUCACAGGGCUUCGGUGGUUCAUGUACCGCUGGAAGUUGACUUUCUUUAUGGUGUUUAGUUCUUUGUUCUGGACUGUCUCCAUGGCUUCUGCAAGCUUGACCUGGUUCAUUCUGACCUGGAUCAUGCAAGCCGAGAAGCCAGAGGCUGCGAUCAAGGAAGAGGAAGAUAUUCCUGAGGCUAUCAAAGAAGAGCCUGAAGAUAGUAGCUCAUCCAGUGACUCUGUCAAGAUCAAAAAGGAGGAACCCGAGACCAAGAGCAGCUUUCUUCAGAGCUAUCCAGCCGAGGGCGAUUACCCGGGCCUUGGCUCUGGACGGGAAAGUGCUGAAGCACGCGGGGUGCAGAAACGAAAGAGUCAUACAACCGAGGGUGAUCAUUGA